CUUGCUACCUUGGUCUCAUUCAAACCGGAAAAGAUAUCCCAAUAAUAUGUUGAACCUCACUUCCACCUCACCUUAUGAGUGAAUAUAGGAUGAGAUAUUUCCUUCAUCCAACCAAGACACACGUUCGAUUCAAACAGCACCCUAUCCUUACUACUCGUAGGCAACAUACCCAACCACUAUAUACACCCUUCCCUCGACAUCACCACCAUCAUCGCCAAUCAUCAACUGAUAUAAAGAUCAAGUAAUAACAACAUCUACUCUACCACAAAACAACCCCAUACACUACAGUAGGUACUAACA